AUGCCACCAAAUGUAAAAUACUUAGACGAAGCUUUUCAACGGGAGGUUGAAAAGAAAACACACGUCAGCUUUCCUCAGUUGAAGUACCCAUCGUUGCGAGAUGAGGGGAUGCGAGAUCCGAUACAAUGGCUUAUGGGGAAGGCCAUGGAUGAUGGCGCAGAAGGGUUGUGGAGGGUUCACAAUGGAUUGUAUGAUUUGGAGGAGUUUAUUGAAAGACACCCCGGAGGCGCGGAGUGGCUGGAACUUACUAAGGGCACAGACAUAACAGAAGCAUUUGAAUGUCACCACAUUGGUCCACUCGCGGAAAAAAUGUUGAAAAAUUAUUAUGUAAGAGACGCAAAAACACCUAGGAAUUCACCGUUUACGUUUAAAGAAGAUGGCUUCUAUCGUUCACUGAAAAGGACUGUAAGAGAUGAAAUAGAAAAAUUACCUAAAAAUCUACCAAAUCAUACGGAUAUGAUAAUGGACGGGCUUCUUGUAACAUGUCUUGUGGCCUCGGCAUUGUCAUGUUGGGCGACUAAUUACUGGCUUGUAAUGGGAUCUUAUAUUGUAGCAUCUGUUUCACUGGGAUGGGCAGUUAUUGCUGCACAUAAUUACCUACAUAGACGAACUAAUUGGAGAAUGUACAUAUUUAAUCUUAGUUUAUGGUCUUAUAGGGAUUUUAGAGUAUCCCAUGCAUUGUCACAUCAUCUUUACCCUAACACAUUAAUGGAUUUAGAAGUUAGUGGUUUCGAGCCUUUGGUUUAUUGGAACCCAACGAGAAACAAACCUUUAUGGGCUUAUUUUGCUAUUGUUAUUGAACAACUUUUAUUCCCCUUCAUGUUUAUUCUAAACUUUAUCAAAAGGAUGUCAUUAAUUUUCUUAAGGAAAGAUUUCUACACGAAACAUAUCCGUUGGCACGACGGCAUUGGUCUACUCUUGCCAGUCUGGAUGUAUCUAGCUAGCGGAUCUAAUUUACAAACGGUUAUGGUCAAUUGGAUCUGGAUAAAUUGUACUGGGAGUUACAUUUUCUAUACAAUCGGAGCAAAUGCAGCACAUCACCAUCCUCAAAUAUUUAAAGAUGGCGAUGAAGUGAAUGAUCUAACGCCUGAUUGGGGUAUGCAUGAACUUGAAGCUGUAAUGGAUCGCCAUGAGGUAAAUAGCAGCAGCUUUAGAGUCUUGAUCAUGUUUGGACACCACGCCUUGCACCACCUGUUUCCAGCUCUGGAUCACGCAGUUUUGGAACAUCUUUACCCUGUAUUUUUGCAACAUUGUGAAAAAUUCAAAGCAAACUUUAGAUAUAUGUCCCAAGUGGAACUUUUUAUCGGUCAGAUAAAGCAAUCUGUAAAAACAAAACCAACACUCCUAUCAGAAAAGAAAUGUGCCUUUUGA